AUGGCUUACUGGCUUGCCUCCCGCAAUGAGGGCCUACGAGGAGUGCACGCGUUGGUGUUCCCCUUCUUCGGUGACGAUGUAACCAGUCGCUCGCAGGCGACGUACCUUGUCUCCAACCUGAUAUCGCCCGUCUUGAUCUGGACGGUCGAGGCAAACCGCGAGGGUACCUCGAUGGCCAAGCUGGCAUUGCAAUCGCUCGCCGGAGCAGCUGUGCAGAUCAGUGGCAUUGAAAGAAUUGCACCAAUGUAUUAUCUCUUCAGCAUGGCUACUUGGGGCUCUGGAUCUUCCGUAGAAGGUCAAAAUAUCCCCCCAGAAGUGGCCAAGGCCGUUCUGCCAGCAACCCUACUUGGCUACGUUCUCCCGGCCGCUCUCACCAGCCUUGUGCCAUUGACAGCGACUGGAGUAUCCCAGUCCCAUUUCAACAUUCAGUCCUCCGUGGUCUACUCCUUUUUCUUAGCCCCAGUAACGGUGCCGGUUUUGACGACACUGAUAUCAAGGGUACUGUCUUAUGUUCACCGCAAGGUUGACCUGGUUGGACAGGUGGACAAGGCAACGCCUGAGGCGAGAAGAUCAUCUCAGAGUCGGGACAGCGUCGACGUCCUACGCUCCUUGAGACUGGCCUAUGCCGUGUCAUUCGCCAUUCAAGCUGUGCAGCACAUUUAUACCAUUACGCGCAAUGUCAUCCAGACACCGGGAGGCCGGCGGUCUCUUAGUGCUGCUGUGGGCAGCCUGUUGACUUAUCCAAUGGUUCCGGGACAGAAGUAUUCCAGUCUCUCCCUCUAUGCAAACGCCACUCUGAGCUUCUGCCUGUACACAGUGAUGGAUCUUCGCAGGCGCGGCAUGGUAACGAAGACAGACACAAGGAAAUUGUCGAUCGGGGUUCUGGCCGGGCAGGUACUAUUUGGGCCGGGGGCUACGUAUGCUGGGCUGUGGUGGUGGCGGGAGGGCGUGUUGGCUAAAAAUGCCACAUGGGGCAUGAGGUCCAUUUGA